UUUUAGCUGCAAUCUGAUGCCCAGUCCUGCGGGACUUUCUCUGCAAGAUACGGUGCCGCACUAUGAUUACAACGUACCUUUGCCUGCAACUAGUACUUCCUAAAAACACACUGAUCUCAGACCUCUUUUACGACACCAACAGGAUUGCCUCCUCACAGGGUAAGGGGUGACAGUGUAAAGGUUGAGACCAAGAUGGCCGCCCCCAUCAGUGACAUGUUUUCGUUCUGCGUGGACCCGGGCAGAAUCAGCAGCUCUGUGGAGGUCCGCUUAAUUGAUAAGAUCAAGGGUAAGGGUUUAUUCGCCAAGAGAACAAUCCGGAAAGGAGAAACCAUAUUUGUUGAGCGCCCUCUAGUGUCUGCCCAAUUCCUGUGGAAUGCCUUGUACAAAUAUAGAGCCUGUGAUUACUGCCUGCGCUCGCUGGAGACAGCGGAGGAGAAUGGGAGAAGGCUGAGUGGGAAUCCCUGCCUGUCCCUCCCUCACCCGGAGCAGUGUCGGGUCCGGAGAGAACUGCACGAGGCCUGCCCACAGUGCCAGGUGAUGUACUGCAGCAGCGAGUGUCGGCGGGCAGCGCAGGAACAAUACCACCAGGCCCUGUGCCUGGGACCCUCCAGGGAAGAACCCGAGCACCCCCUGAACAAGCUGCAAGAGGCCUGGCGGAACAUGCACUAUCCACCAGAGACUUCCAGCAUCAUGCUAAUGGCCCGCAUGGUGGCCACAGUCAAGCAGGCUCGGGACAAAGGCCACUGGUUGAGCCUUUUCUCCCAGUUCUGCAGCCGGACCGCAAACGAGGAGGAGGAGAUUGCACACAAGCUCCUGGGGGAGAAGUUCCAGGGGCAACUGGGUGUGUUGAAGCAGUUGUUCACUAAAGCACUUUAUGAUGAGCAUCUCCGCAGUUGGUUUACGCUUGAAGGAUUCCGGUCGCUCUUUGCGUUGGUCGGGACUAACGGCCAGGGUGUUGGAACUAGCUCUCUCAGCCAGUGGGUUCACGGAUGUGACUCUCUGGAGCUCCGGGCCAGAGAGAGGGAGCAGCUGGAUGCCUUCAUUGAUCAGCUCUACAAGGACAUUGAGAAAGAGACUGGAGAUUUCCUAAACUGUGAAGGAUCUGGGCUCUUUCUCCUGCAGAGCUCUUGUAAUCACAGCUGCAUCCCUAAUGCUGAGGCGUCUUUCCCAGAAAACAACUUCCUCCUGCACCUGACUGCUCUCUCUGAUAUCAAGCCUGGGGAGGAGAUCUGUAUCAGCUAUUUAGACUGCUGUCAGAGGGACCGUAGCAGACACAGCCGGCACAAGAUACUCAGGGAGAACUACCUGUUUGUGUGCUCGUGCCCCAAGUGUGUGUCGCAGGCGGAGGAGCUUGAUGUCACCUCGGAGGAGGAGGAAGAGGAGGAGGAGGAGGAGGAAGGGGAGGGGGACGGGGAGACAGAGGGGGACGACCUGGAAGAUGAGAUGACAGACGUCUGAUAGGACACACCAACACACCCUCGCUGCAGUGCUGCAAACGCAUGGGGGGGGGGGGAUUAGACAACUUUAGGAUUCUAUUGCAGGCUACUCAGUCCAAGAACAGGGAAACACUUGCUGUCCACAUCCAUGGGGCAUAAACAGGGCCAUUCCACAAGUCUUAGAACUGACUGUAUUCUCAAAAAACUAUACAUAAUAAAAUGUAUUCCUGGUAACCAAGUGCACAAUUCAACAUCUUUUCAAUUACUAGCAAAUCUGUUGACUAUGUAUAUAUAAUUAUGUCUGGUGUAAAACUAUGUGAAGCUUAUCCACUUAGUUUAUUUUUAGUUUCUUAUAGCUGUACCUCAGGCAUUUGUAUGCCUGUACUUUGGGUGGGCAGGUGUGAGGCAUUUAAAUGAUAUUGUUUUAUUUAAUUUACAUUUUUAUGUUGACCAUCUGAACACAACCCAGGGUCUUACAAAAUAAAGUAAGAAAUCACUCACCUUUUAGAAUAAGCAUUUGGCUCAGGUUCUUCAAUGGAAUUAAUUAUACAAUAUAUUUCAUCACUUUUAGUUUGAGUCGUUUGUCAGCAGCUGAGCUGACGACAUGCCACGAUUGAGUGCCGCUGUAUCUCAAGUCAACAAUAGGAAAACAUUGACACCAGUUUCAUUUGCUGUGAGUUUUCCUUAGCUUGGAAAUCUUUGCUGGUCAGAAGCAAAAAAUACAUUGAAAACGAUUGCAUUAAGUAGCAAAUCCCCUGUAACCUAGUGCACAAUUAACAGGUUUCAUGAUGUUUGAAUGAAGAACUUGAGUCAGCUCAGAAACAAGUAUGUUACAAGGGAAGGUGAGUGAUUUAUUACGGUAUUUAAUAAAAGUUGAAAAGGAUCAAGCCUACUUAUAGGAAAAGAAUGUUUGUGAGUCUGGCAUUUUGAUUUGUUUUAGAGGGACUUGAUGUGUGUUUUGUUUUUGUUUCUGUGCUUGUUAAUUCAGAUGUAUGCUUUUGCAUUCCUUUAAUGCUUGUACAUAGCUGGCCAACUCACUAAAACUACCUGCAUCUCCUGUCUUUGACCACUAGAUGGAGUAACAGCUAUGGCUAUUAAAGUAGUGCAUUUUUAGGACACAAGAUAAUCGCUCUCCCUUCCCCAGUCCUAGAGAGCUUUGGGCCAUUAUCUCUCCACUAUCAUUAUGAUUAUUAUUUGUUUAUUUAGCAGAUACCUUUAUCCAAGCGACUUACAGAGACUAGGGUGUGUGAACUAUGCAUCAGCUGCAGAGUCACUUUCAAAUCUCACCCGAAAGACGAGCACAAGGAGGUUAAGUGACUUGCUCAGGGUCACACAAUGAGUCAGUGGCUUAGGUGGGAUUUGAACCGGGGAACUCCUGGUUACAAGCCCGUUUCUUUAACCACUGGACCGCACAGCCUCCAAGCCAAGAUAUGUAUUCAAGGAAUAGUUUAUUCUGUAGUUGUAUGUAUUUAUCUCAUUUGUACUUUACAGAAGUCACAGCACAUUAGAAUCAUUACAUUAUUCCUAACCGUUAUUACCCCACUAGAUUUCAUGCACAAUUCAAAUUUAAUAAUGCCUCCCAGCCUGCCCUUUUCUUCUGUAGUCGUGUAUGACCAGCAGUUGUUUAUUUUAGUGACUCACCCACUAUUCAGAAAAAUUCUCUUUCUAUUUAGGUUACCAUUCAUUCAAAUUGGAUGGCACAGCUCAUCCCAUAGAUGCUGAAAAUGUUAAGACAGUACUUUUCAGACUACUUCUGUUCGGGACCCCCAAAAAGCGCUACCCUGUGUUGCAAAUAAAUAUUUGCUAAUAAAGAAAUAUCACAAUCUAGAUGUUUUAUUGUAAAAACUAGAAAUAUAGGAAUGAUGUAACAAAAAGAUAUGCUGUAGUUUAGCGUUUCUCAAAUGCCCUUUACCCUUCUCCUUUGUCCUUACUGGGGAGCGGGACCAUAGCUCAUGCAUUCCCUGACUGAGUCCAAUGAUAGUGAGCCAGCCUAAAACAAUCUAAAUAGUUGUGUUUAUUAAGUGACAUUUACACUUGACACCUCUUGCAGGGAUCUUGCCUAUAUAAUGCAAGGUGGCUUCAUGGCUAUUGGUUUAAAUGCAUACAGCUGGUGUCCCUUGGGUUCCAGUUACCAGCUAUUUCAUUGUACUCUGUAACUCUGAUCAGAGAUAUGUUAGCGAUAACGUUGUUUUUAGGAAGUUAUCUGCUAGUAGCACAUAGAAUCCAUAAGAUUACAUUCGCCCACUGUAGCUUAGUCCAGGGGUGGCCAAAGUUGGCCCUUCCAGUCCUGGUCUUUGUUCCAGUCCUGUUUUAAAUUGUUUAAUUGAACCAAUAGCUGUGCUGAGCCACAAGGAAAUGACACCAUGUUCUGUUGAAAUAAGCUCAAAUUAUUUUUUAUGGUUCACACUGCUUGCAUUAAAGUUUGCUUCUCAUU